AUGAAACUGAUCAGGAAGCCACACCUAGUCAUGGUCUCUAAGAACGAAGAGUGGAUUGCCCAAGCCUACUCCCGUAACCCAGGUAUCAGGAUCGAAAGGGUAGCGUGGCUCUACUCCAAUAAGAACCUGAAAUCCAGACGGGACGGGGGCAAGCAGACGAAGGGAUCCCUGCUCAUGAACGUUGGGACGGAAGAGAACCAGAGGAAGCUGGUCAAGUCUGGCUUCCUGAUGGGGGCUGAGUGGCACCCAGCUUAG